AAGAAGUCAAUUUGCACUUGCUAUCAGUCUGCACGAUGGCUGCGGCGCACUGGCGGCAGGAAUUGUUCUGCAAGUCCACACAGCGCGCCAGGGAGCUGAUUCCCUUCCUCCUGGAGCAGCACAGGAUCUGCGGGCUGAACAUGCCAAACAAGGCCCGGGGGGAGCUGCCGGGGCUGCUGGAGCGCGCCCGCCUGCUGAGCUCGGCGCUGCCGCACGCCGACAUCUGCUGCCACUUCUCCAUCAGCCACAACUACUCGGGGUCGGCAGCCGCCGGCUUUGCGGCGCUGACCAACUUCUGCCGGCAGCUGGCCGGCAUCCAGGGGUGCAGCCUGCUGCUGGUCAGCGGCGGCGGGCGGCGCAAGCAGCUGGACUCGCUUCGGGCACUGGAGCUGGCGGCUGCUAGCCCGGACUGGCAGGAGCUGCGGCUGCCCGUGGCGGUUGCCUUCAACCCGUACUUCCCAGAUGCCGGGCGGCAGCAGGAGGAGCGGCGCCGCCUGCGCCGCAAGCUGAUGGCCGGCAGGGGCCGGGUGGCUGCUGUGUACCUGCAGGCAGGCAGCGACGUGCACCGCCUAAGAAAAGGGCUGCAUCACCUGCGGCAGCUGCUGGCAGAGCUGGAGCAGCUAAACGCUGCCAGCCAAGAGCCUGGCACAGAGGCAGGGGCGCCUCCGCAGCAGCCGGCUAGCAGGCCCGCCAAGCGGCAGCGGCAACAGCAGGCAGGGAGCUCAACAGCAGCGCAAUCAGCCCCACUCAGCAACCAUCAAGGGCCCAGCACAGGUACAAAGAUAGCCAGGACGCAGGAGCAGCGCAUCCAAGUGUUUGGCUCGGUGCUGGUGCCGAGCCGCAAGCUGCUGGCAAACAUGAAGUUCCGCCCGUGGGGAGGCGUAUUCCUCAGGCAAGCAGGCCCGUCUGUGGUACAUCAGUCGCAUGUAAUGUCCCCCGUACUGGCCCAGAUCAGCCGCCCGCAGUACCUGAGCGGCGUCCAGCAGGCAGAGGCGAUCACCCGACAGGUACUGCAGGUAUAUGCCGAGUACUCGGUGACACCGCUGGUGGAGACGGAGGUGACGAGCGAGGCGCAGGCGGCCCAUGUACAAGAGCUGCUAUAG